AUGCGAACGAGUUGCGCCGCCGCGCAGGUGAUCUCGUCUCGUCCUCCGCCACCGCGACCUACGCCACCGCCACCGCCACCACCGCCGCCGCCAGCGGAAGUGGCCCUCCGCGCCGCCGUGCUCGGUGCUCAGACGCUCUCCCACGCCAGGAAGGCUCACGCGCAGGCCACGGUAGGGGGCCUCCUCCGCCGCAGCCUCCCCAUCUGCGCCGCUCUCAUCCUCACCUACUCCGACUUCCACGAGCCCGCCUCCGCCCGCCGCCUGUUCGAGCAGAGCCCUCUCCAGAAACAGAGCGCCUUUCUAUGGAACUCCCUCGUCCGGUCCCUCACCAAGGCCGACUUCUACGGCGAGGCCUUCGGGGUCUACAACCGGAUGGCGAGGGAAGGAUUGCGGCCCGACGACCGGACAUUCCCGUUCAUUCUCACGGCCUGCGCUGGAGGCGCCGCCGUCUGGAAGGGAAUGGAGGUUCACGGGUCGGCCCUCAAGUCUGGGUUCGCCGGCGACGUGUUCGUGGGCAACACCCUCCUCGCGUUUUACGGAGCUUGCUUCCUCCCAUGGGAUGCCCUUCAAAUCUUCAACGGUAUGCGUGAGAGAGACGUCGUCUCCUGGAAUUCACUCAUCUCUUUGUUCUGUAACAAUGGCUGCUCCUUGGAGGCAGUGAGAUUCUUUGGAGAGCUGACUAGGACGGAACUGGCCGUAAACUCUGUCACUGUGGUGAGCGUGCUGUCGGCUUGCUCGGCCUUGGAAAAUGAUGCCCUGGCUACUGGGAAGGGAAUCCAUGGACGCAUCAUAAAGCUUGGGCUGGAUAGUCAGGUCACUGUGGGAAAUGUCACGGUGGACAUGUACGGCAAGUGCGGGGAUUUGGAGUCUUCCAUUCGGGCCUUCAGCUCCAUAGCCGAGAAGAACGUUGUCUCCUGGAACACCAUAAUCGGCGGCCUCGUUCAUGGCGGCCUCCUUAGAGAUGCUCUGGUCUUCUUCAGGUCAAUGGCGGCCAAUGGAACCACCCAGCUCAACUCCAUCACCAUCUCUAGCUUCCUCCCCGGUUUGGCUGAGCUGGGCUUCCACAAGUUGGGCAGGGAGGUUCACGGGCACAGCACAAGACAUGGCUGGCACUGCGAUCUCUUCGUCGCCAAUUCACUAUUAGACAUGUAUGCCAAGUGGGGCCGUCCAAGAGAGGCGGCCAGUGUUUUCCAUGCAAUGGAGUGUAGAAAUGUGGUCUCUUGGAAUGCGAUGAUCGCUAAUCUCGCCCAGAACAAGUGUGAACUGGAAGCAAUUGCCCUCGUCAGGGAGAUGCAGAUGAAGAGCGAGAGCCCCAAUUCAGUAACUCUGACAAAUGUUCUUCCAGCCUGUGCCCGGAUGGCGGCAUCAAAGCCCGGGAAAGAAAUCCAUGGGCGGUCAAUCCGGGCCGGACUGUGUUCUGACAUAUUCAUAUCAAAUGCGCUGAUCGAUAUGUAUGCCAAAAGUGGAUGCCUGGGCUUUGCGAGAACCCUCUUUGAGAUCUCCGAGAGAGAUGAAGUUUCUUACAAUGCAUUGAUCGUGGGUUACUCCCGCAGUCUGCACUGCUUAGAAGCUCUGGAUCUAUUCGUGGAAAUGGGUCUUGUGGGUCUCAACUAUGAUGCCAUUUCUUUAAUGGGAGCCCUCUCGGCUUGUGGAAACCUGCCCACUGUCAAGCGGGGGAAAGAGAUCCAUGGCUUCGCAGUAAGGAGGCACCUCCACUGCCAUCUCUUUGUGGCCAACUCCCUCCUGGAUCUAUACACAAAAAGGGGCCAUCUUGAUGCUGCCAGGAGGGUAUUCGAUCGGAUAGAAGACAAGGAUGUGGCUUCUUGGAAUGCCAUGAUUUUAGGUUAUGGGAUGCAGGGGGAGCAUGAAGUUGCCAUCGAUCUGUUUGAUAGGAUGGAAGAGGAGAAUGUGGAGUAUGAUUCCGUUUCUUAUGUUGCCGUCCUCUCAGCUUGCAGCCAUUGCAAGCUGGUAGAGAGAGGGAAGAUGUACUUCAAUGAGAUGCUGUCUCACAACAUCGAGCGAACGGAGAUGCAUUAUGCGUGCAUGGUUGAUCUUCUAGGCCGAGCUGGCUUUAUGGACGAAGCGGCUGACUUUAUUAAGGCCCUGCCUUUUCAACCGGGCUCAGAUGUUUGGGGGGCUCUGCUUGGGGCAUCAAGGGUCCAUGGGAAUCUGGAAUUGGGGAGGUGGGCUGCCGAGCAUCUGUUCGAGCUCAAACCAGGCCACUCUGGUUACUACACCUUACUCUCCAACAUGUAUGCUGAGGCUGGGAGAUGGGAUGAAGCAAUUGGUAUUAGAGAGAGAAUGAAAUCCAGGGGCGUGAGGAAGAACCCUGGUUGCAGUUGGGUGGACACUGGGAGCAGGACUCAUGCAUUUCUAGUGGGUGAAAGAUUGGAUGAGCUGGGAGGAGGAGCAGAUCUCUACCGCUUCGAGUUUGGAUGA